UAUUCAAAUAAUAGUUCAUGGCCAUUAUUUUAGGCUGAUAAAUAAUACAAACUUUCAAUGACUGAGUUUUAUUACAGAACACAACUUCUUAACCAAAAACAUCCCACUCACAUAAUCAUAGUUUGAAAAUUGUAUGUUACAUUGUACAGAUAAAGUUCUUAGAAAUCGCUCAUGCGCUCAUAAUAAUCAAUUACCUUUAAAAGAAUCUUCUAGUUGAGUAAAACACAUCAUACAAUGAACAAUCAAAAAAUCCAAAUUUCUAACAUGACCCGAAAAGUUUUAAGAUACAGUCUUCUAUGGCCUAAGACAAACGAAGAAUUAAAUCCAGGAAUUGAAUACCAAUUCUCUGUCCUUGGAUUUUUUCUAGUAACUGCUGUUCAUGAAGUGGAUGCGGAAGUUCUUGCGAUUCUCAUUGCUAGUUAUGGCUCCUAUUACAUGAUAUGUGCUCAUUUGAAAAAUCAACAUAAAGUGGCACUCUUGAUGCGAGACCUCUCAGUUUUCAACAAUUUUGGAAAACCUCCAAAUUUUGAUAAACGUAACAACCAACUGAAUUUUGUAGCAAAACUUUUGGCCUUGUAUUCAUUUCUUGCCACAAUUUUCUACAACGGUGAACAACUUAUAAACAAGACGGAAUGUAAGAGAAUUAACAAGGAGAAAGGAUUAAGUGAUCAUUAUUGUGGUUUACUUGCCCCAUGUUGGUUACCAUUUGAGAUUGAUUAUUUCCCAGUGUUUCAUUUGAUUUUAAUUUAUGCUUUUACCAGUGGUUAUCUAUUAAUUAAGAUGGCAAUACACAUUUCUUACAACGCUUUUGAAAUUGUAAGCAACAUUGUGUUGAGAAUUGAACACUUAAAAGCCAUGAUUUUGGAAACUUUCGAAAAUCGAAACAAACAAGUUUGCCACAAAAAAUUCCUACAAUGUAUAUUGUAUCACAUCGAAAUUUUGGAUUUUGCAGCAAGACUUGAUGACAGUUUUUUUAAUUCAAUGUUUGGUCACUUGGCUUUGACUGGAGGUAUUUGCGCUUGUUUGGAGAAACAAAUUGUUUCGGGAGUUAAUGUUGUUGCAGGCACUUUGCAUUUUAUUGGCUGGAUUCUUGCCUUAUUUAUCGGUUGUGUUGCUGGACAGUAUCUUAUUAAUGCAAGCGAAAUUUUACCAAGUGCUAUUUGGACCGCAAAAUGGUAUGAUGCAGACUUGGAGUUGAAAAAAAAAGUGCUUUUUAUGCUUGCAAGAUCGCAAAAAUCGCUUUUUAUCAGAGCUGGACCUUUUGGAAUUCUUUGUUAUCCACUUUUUGUUACGGUUUUAAAAACUUCAUACUCUAUUUUAUGUAUGCUAACGUCUUAAAAUUAAUUCGUAAUUAGCACUUUUAAACUCUAUAAUAUAAUGCUAAUUAAGUUUUUACUAAAACGACCAAUUUUGUUUAACAAGCCUAAUGUUUGCCAAAACGAGUGAGCGCAGCGAAUAAGUUUUGCAAAUUGUGCAAGUUAAACAACAUCAAGCUUUUUAUUCGUACAAUUUUUUUUCUAAUUCUGAGAUUUUAUAUUUAUUUUUAAGUAAAAAAAUCAAUUGGAGUUUCGACCGACAACGAAUUUGCUUCUUACAAAAAUCGCUUUUUAAAAGAGCUACUAUUUGUUACAGCACAAAGUAGUUAAAAUCUAAAUUUUUACGACAAAUUGGUUUAAAAAAUUUCUUUUAAAAAGGUACUGUAAUGUUAAUAUAAUUUCAUCAACUGUAUAUUAAUAGUUGUUUGCGUAAUCAGUUAUAUAAAGACUGGUUUUGUUUAACGAGCAUCAUGUUUGUCAAAACGAAUGAGCGCAGAAAAUAAUUUUUGCAAGUUAUGCGAGUUAAACAAAAUCAGGCUAUUCAUACGUACAAAAUUUUUACUAAUCCCGAUGUAAAUUGAAAAUUAAUUCUAGCGAAUUUCGUUUUUCUUCUAAAGAGAAAAAAAACCAGUUAGUUUGGACCGUUAAUAAAUGUGGUUGUUAUACAUAUAAGAUCGCAAAAGAUUGCUUUUAUAAAAGCUGGACCUUUCAAAAUUCUUGGUCAAUCAAUUUUUGUUAUGGUAUUAACU